AUGGGUUGCCAUGGGCUUCCCGAAAAAGGAGCCUUCACAAUGAAGAUAAAAAUACCCAAAUCACGAUGGUUUAGCAACUGUUACAACUCUAGAUAUAUUUUUCGGUUUUAUAUAUUUCACGAUAAUUAUUACCCAGUCGUUUACAAUAAUUCGCUCUGUAUUGAACACCUGUUGAAACAAAACAUUGUCGAAUACACCGAAUUGAAGAGAUUAAAUUUCCAAAUGCUCACAUUGAAGUUUCCAGUGAAUAAGGAUACAAACUACAUGAGAGACAUCGAUAUGGGUAUAUGUUCUAGAAAUGUUAUGUACUUUUUGCCUAGAAUGUACAAAGAUGAAUUGCUGACGUUAAUUGAACUGUACAGGUUUUUCGUGCAUGUAACGAAAAAAUCGAACACCGAAUUUUAUAUAAAUGGAGGAUCGCUGAUUGGACAAGUUCGCCACAACAAACGACUCAUUCCAUGGGACGAUGACAUUGAUGUCGUCAUCUCAGAGGACAAUCUUCAAAUAUGUUUAAAGGCCUUUCAAGACGAAGUUAAACUCUUGAAAAAUUCUACCAAAAAACUUUUCAAUUUAACUGAACCUCGGAUGAACUACAUCUCAUUCGGAGUUUACAGAAUUUCAAAUUUUAUAAAUUUCACAUCAAAAGUUCCAAGCCACACUUUUCCUUACAUAGAUGUUCUUAUGUAUUUAAAAGAUGGAGGAAGAGUGGUUGAUAUGAGGGGUUCAACAUUUCACCAUACAUACAAAGCUAAUGUUAUAUUUCCUUUGGUGAGAGAGGAGUUUUUAGGCGAGGCUACUUACAUUCCUCACAAUUUAACUGGUUAUUUUUUUAGAGAUCUAUCAUUUAAGGAGUCAUGUUCGACGAGGCAGCAUUGUCACAAACUUGAUAAAAAUUUAAAUACUCUUUAUAAAGAUAUCACAAAAAAUUGUAGUGAUCUUGAAUUGUUCCCGUUUUAUAAAAAUAUUUAG